AUGCCUUCUAUCGCCCAGACCCUUCCCUUUCUCGCCGCCAUGGCGUUCCAGGCCGCCGAUGCUGCCAUGGGCCCUGCCUUCAGCACCGGUCCUGUCUCUGACAACAGCUGGAUUCGCGAGGCCACCUCCACCUUGGUUCUCCCCAAGGCUCCCAGUGGAUCUACCGGUGUUGCUUCCCUCUGGGUUGGCAUGGGCACCUCCAACGGUGAUCUGGUCCAGUCCAUCGCCGAUAACUGGGACUCCGAUCACUGGAGCGUCUACGCUUACACUCUGCUGAGCACCGGCGCCCAGUCCCAGAUGCCCGUCCAGGGACCUGCCACAGAUGCCACUGAGGGCGACAAGAUCACUAUGCACUACAAGUUCGACGACAACAGCGGCAACUACACGCAGACUGUUCAGCUCAACGGCAAGACCGUUUCGACCCUCUCCACCAGCGACGAGCACGCCCAGGGCUGGGGCAGUUCCGUCGAGUGUGGCGAGGACAACUGCGGCACUAUCGGUGCUCAUAAGUGGAUCGACACCAAGAUCACCUUGGACUCCGCUGACCCCAACUACAUCAACACCGUCGGCAAGGGCGAGGGUGUUACCGGCGAGAUGUCCACCAACGACAACGGCAAGACCUGGACUGUCACUACCAUCAACAUCCCCGAGUUCACCUUCGGACAGUCUUCGUAA